AUGGAGGGAAUAAUGGUUUCUAUGACUUCAGCAGUAUAUCACGGGUAAGUAAAAUGAUCAAUAAGGAUAGAAGCUCAAUGGUUAAAUUUAAUAAACAGCAAAAUUAACUUAUAAAAGAUAAUCAAGCGAAAUUAAUUAAUGACAUCAAUGAUUUUAUUCAAAGUUAGGCCUAAACUACAGUUAAAACCAGUAAUGCUUAAAAAAACCUGUCUUCACUAAGUAAUGCAAAGGUAGUUUAAACAACCAAUAAUAGAAUGUACUUCGGUAAAUUCGAUUGUAGAAAAAGAAAAGUAAUUAACUAGAAAAGAAGUUUUUAUCCUAUUAAUAUAUAAAAUAAAGAAGAUUUGAAGAUUAAUAAUUCAGUUUUGGAGAAUUUUGCAGACAAAAAUGCAGAUGGCUAAAGUUUAGAUACAAGAAAUAUUGCUUAAGAAGAAGUAUAUAGAAACAUUAGUUAUAAUAGAUAUUAAUGUUAACUCACCCUGAAGCACUUAAAGCCAUGUCAUUUAUGCAAUAAAUGAACGGGAUCUUACUUUAAUAUUUCUAAUUUAUCUGCUUGCAUUUUCAUAGGCAGAUUAGAAUAUAAAAAUAGGAAUCAAAUAGUAUAAAGAUAAAUUUAAGGAUGUAUCAUUUUUAAUUCUUUUCUUGCUGA